AUGGUAUCUGCAAAUCUGAAGACGCAGUAUCCGUACGUAUUUUUAAAGUUUUGAACAUUUGAAACCUUAAAAACAAUUGGAGAAAAAAAAUGAAAAAAAAAAAAACAACCAAAAGACUAACAGCCUUUCGCGAUAGAUUCUGGUAUGGGGGUGCCUCCAGUAUGGUCGCCUGCUUGGUGACACAUCCGCUCGACCUCGCCAAAGUGCGUCUCCAAACGGCGCUGAAGCCGGGCCAGUCGUUGUUUUCUAUGAUCUACCAGAUUGUGGCGAAAGAAGGGCCUACGAAGAUCUACUCUGGAUUGACGGCAUCUCUUCUCAGACAAGCUACUUAUUCCACCACUCGUUUUGGGGUAUAUGAGUUUUUGAAAGAAAGCUACAUAAAGGCCAUGCACGGCACGCCCGGGAUGUCGGUGUUGCUACCGAUCUCGAUGAUUGCUGGAGCGUUGGGCGGUCUAGUUGGGAAUCCGUCGGACGUGGUCAAUAUCAGAAUGCAGAACGACUCGACUCUACCAGCGGACCAGAAACGGAACUACAGAAACGCGUUUGACGGGUUGUACAGAAUAUGUAAAAGCGAAGGACCGCGUUCUUUGUUCAGAGGCUUGUCCCCUAAUCUCGUGAGAGGCGUGCUUAUGACCGCGUCCCAGGUGGUUACCUACGACGGAGCAAAGAGCGUGCUAAUGGACCAAUUGUCCAUGGACCCGGCAAAGAAAUCCACCCACUUCAGUGCAUCGCUAAUUGCCGGCUUGGUUGCCACGACUGUGUGCUCUCCAGCGGAUGUUGUAAAGACCAGAAUCAUGAACAGCAAAGGCAGCGGGCAGGGCGCACUCUCCAUCUUGAAGUCGGCAUUGAAGAAUGAAGGGGUCGGAUUCAUGUUUAGAGGCUGGCUUCCAUCGUUCAUGAGGUUGGGACCGCACACGAUAGUGACGUUCUUGGUCUUGGAGCAAUUGAGGAAUUUCCGGGUGGGGAUGAUGUGA